ACGGGUUUGUGCAUCUAGUGCAUAACAUAAGAAAGACGACUUGAGUAGCCAAACGGUUUUAAUUCGACUCUUCAUCUGUGACCACCUCCGUGAUCACCAAGCUUGUCGAGAACAAGUGUGGAAGCUGGCACUUUGGAUCCUGAGUUGGUUAAAUGCAGGCAAUUCAAAAGGAUAAAGAAAUUUGGGUUCUCCCCUCACCACCUAUCGUGGCCGUGAGAGUUAAAGGCCUUGCUACACAUUAUCGUUGGUGGCAUUUUCCAGUCGCUAAAGGGCAGGUGAAGGAGGAAGCACAACGCAAGUUCAAGAUGGACCUGGCCAGUAUGUUUUCACAGAUAGCUCAGAUCACGGAUCACUUGUUUCUCAGCAGCGCGGCAGCUGUAAGGGGGGACAAGGUACGCAGCCUCGGCAUCACCAACAUCAUCAACAUCACGCUGGAUAUUCCCAACCUGCAGCUUCCUAAUGUUGAAUGUAUACAGAUCCACGUGGACGAUACGCCGUCUGCGCACCUGGCGGUCUACUUUGAUCGCUGCGCCGACAAGAUCAAUCAGGUGCAACGGUCUGGCGGACGCACGCUGGUGCACUGCGUAGCAGGUGUGAGUAGGUCAGCCAGCAUCUGCCUGGCUUACUUAAUGAAAUACCAUAACAUGCCGCUGGAUGAGGCUUACCGCUACGUCAAGCGCCGCCGCUCCAUUAUCCACCCCAACGUGGGCUUCUUUCGCCAACUCAUUGACUACGAGAAGCGGCUUUUUGGGCGCAAUACUGUUAAAAUGGUACAGUCUUCCGUUGGUCCCAUACCUGACAUCUAUAAAAAGGAGACGGAAAAUAUGGUGUGGCUACCAGGCAAUCGCAGUCAUCACUAUGGUUAUUAGAUGGAUUUGCAGACGUGCUAAACGGCAGUAGACUUUCACAAGGCCGUUGAGGGGAAGCGAGAGGAAGGGGACAGAAGGCGGUUUUUCCGGAGAUGCUGUAACAUUUGACUGCUGGCAUACAAUUUGUUUGGCGUGUGUGUGUGGUCCUUAUUACAGUCUCCCCUGCUGAGAUACGUAUCUCUAUAGAAAUGCUGUUUUUGCUGUUAGGAUUUUUACUAUUCAAACUAUUUUAACACAUGUGAUAAAAUAACUUAUUUCAUUGGAAUGUUAAAGAAACCAAAUGAUGUGAUGAGCACAAGAAGACUGUGAUAUGUCGGCCUAAAAGUAUUUAUUGCAAUAUUUUGACAUUGAAUUUGAACCAAAGGGCAGUAGUACAUUUCCAGUGAAAUGAUGGAAGCAUACACGAGCAAAAGGCGGAAAUGGGAAGUAUUGCUUUGGUCUUGAUAAUCUCUGCCACUUCUGUCUUUGUUUUCCUUUAGGAAAUGUGUACAGAUGAUCGCACGCGUGGCAUCAUUUUGCAUAUUACGUGUGCGUAGCAACUACAACUGAAAAUAAGCAUUAGUCCGGUGCCCGUACAAGUGAGGCCAAGAUAUUUUGUCUCUUUGUGAGACCCAUAUACAUAGGAUUCGCCAGCUCAACAAUACUACACCAGAAAGGACUCAAAAGUUUAGUCAUUUUGCAAGAAUACAAAAACUCAGGACUACUACUUAUAAAAGUAACACAUUAAGCAGUAAAUUUAUGCAAAAAUAAUCAUAAAAGACACAUUUAACAGUAGAUCUAAACAAAAACAAUAACUGAAAUAGUCCAAAAACCAGCUAAACCGAUCCUCUCAGGUCAAUAAGAAAACGACAGUUCAUAAUUUCACGAAGAAAGACAAAAUUGACGGUAAGACCAGAGAGCACAUCUAAACACAGCUGUUUCACAUCGUGAAAACUAUCACUUCGCCAUAAUUAUUCACAAAAGAAUGGAUUGUAAGCCGGCAUCUAAUUCGUCAGUGUGUUCUUGUGAUAGAAAAGGAGGAUUGUCUCCUUAUAGGUAGCGCUAUCACUUCGUGUCUACGUGUUCUUCUGCCAAGCUGUUUGCAUCUGUCGUGCUACGUUUUGCAAUCGGACGCUUUUUUGUUGUUGGAAAUUUGCAAUGUAUAGCUUCUAAACAUUGAGGGCAAUUGCUUGAUGAAAUAUGGACAAGUUUUUAGACAUUUCUUGUACUGACCAUUUAUUUCCACAAUAAAUAAUUUUUUUUAACCGAUAUAAAAUUUGCUAACCGUGGUACCCACUUUCAUCCUAGUUGAUUAUUGCCUCAAACUCUACCAGCUGUGAUAACUAUGUUCAACUUGCAAUCUAUUGUUUGAUGCCCAACGUCAGUGUACUGAAAUACCAAAACGCUUGUCCUUUUGGUGUCCCUUCCCUGACUUGACAGGUUGAAAGCUGAGUGACGUGUUAUGGAUCUGGCCACAAUUUGCCGGCGAGCAAAGAAGUCGAGAGUGAUUGCGCUACCUUCAGGAAUUCUUUCUUUUCACGAAACAAACACUUUAGCCUUUGUAGUAAUAAUAAUAAGAAGAGAGAUUCCACAGAGUGGCAGAUUGUCCUUAUUCUUAUUUGCAGUGCUACGUUAUAAACAAACAAGACCGGCGUAAUUUACCUUUAAUUUGUCAAAACAAGAUAGAAUUAUUUUAACAUAUUGAGUUGUCCCCCCCCUCCUUUUUUUUUCGUCCGUCUGCCUUCAUUUCCAUUUACUCGAAGUCCUAUGCACAUCCCAACCGCCUGUUGACUAAGCUGAUUCUGUUGGUCACGUGUCUGACGGCCAGUUUUUCGUCUGGCCUGCACUCGGGCUGUCGACGGCUAACGCAGCAGCGAGAGCAAAAUGAUGUCAAUGCUUAGUGCCUUCAUCAUGUGUGAAAUGCCCUUCUGUACCCGUCAGUUCUCAUGGAACUGACCACAUUUUGUAUGUCCCCCUCUCCUGUCUGCUAUCGUUCCCUUUUGCCCCUCAAAAAAAAAAAAAAAAAGGGAGGGCGUUGAUCCGCCCUCCUCGCACAUUUGCAGUUGCAGCACUUGCUUGAAAUGGCAUAACGUGGUCGCAUGCAAAUAUUUUUCGUAAAUUGGAGAUGAACUAGUGUGCGUUAUUUUUUUAUUUUUUUUUUGGAAAAGAUGCGAAAUAUUUAAGGGGAUUACCUGAAAAUAACAUGGUACGUUUCAUUUAAGCAGAACCACCUCUGGGAAAGAAAAUCAACUUCAUAAAUUAAACACGAGAAAUUGUUAAUUGUAGAGCCAGAAUGUCGUUUGUCUACUGCUUCAUUCAGUUCGAUGGGGAUUUGUCUUGUUCGAAUUCCCUUGUAAUAACUUUGUUCAUAUUGUUCAAUCUGCCUUAGAAAAUAGAUUUUACAUGACGCUAUAGAAUUGCAGAUUUUGGCAUCGUACCGAACACAGUUCUUUGCUUUUAGUUUCUUUUUUACUAUCUGUUGUUUCCGUCUCUCAUGGCGGACAGACAGAAAUCCCACUGUUAGACUGUACACUGUUGCCUGUUGUGUUGUGGGGGUAACAUAAUGAAAGCUACCCACGGCCUGGUUGACAGCCUUGUCACAGUUCUUAAAGUGAAGAGGCAUUGGCAAAUUUUCACUACAAGUUUCUCCACUUUCUUUGCAGCCUAUACAUUUAAUACUGGUAUUGGCCACAUGACACCGCUCCGUGUCAACAUCCUGAUUUCAGGUGUUAUAACUUUUCUGAUUCAUGUCAUUAGUGUUGUCACACUCUUAAUAAGUAUAACUGGGUUUUCCCUAGUUCAAAUACCGGCAGCUGCUCAACGUUUACGUUUUGGAGGACACGUCAGAAUGGGGAAAUGGACUCCUUCCUACUGGCGCCCGAGGGAUCUUCUGUGACUUCUAUAUAUUAUAUAUACAUAUGUGUGUCCAGACUCAUUUUUCCUGUCUCUAUGUACAAUUUCUGAAGGUCACCGAUAUCUCGGUCAAUCCCGCACGACCUUUGUUAAUCAUUCCACAAACUCACCGCCAAGAUAUAACCAAUUCUAGUACAGUCAUCUGGUUAUGUGGUCAGUUGAAGGUUGUUUAUCCUGACAAGGGGUACAAGACCGGCUUCCCAGCAAGGCAAUACUAAAUGACCUUGGCCGCGCAUGCUGAGAAGAAUGCACGCGUUUGGGUUUUGAGGUUGUGCCUACUCUCUCCCUGUCACCCGUUAGUGUUCCACAGUCAUCUUCCAUCCCUUGUUUCCUCUCAAUACAGCCAAACGGCAGGCCAUGGUAUUUUUUUUUUUUAAUGAACUAUUCUUUACGAUCGAACUUUGAGGCUUUUAUCUCAAAUUUAUUUUACAUGCUCUAUUUUCGUUUAAUAAAACAUUUGUAUCGAGCAUAUCCCUACUUCAUUCAACUGUACGGGUACAAAAGCAAAGCAAAAUUCUGAAAUAUAGAAAUAUAAUAAUUAAAAUAAAAUACAGAGUAAACAUAGCGAAGCAUAUCAACAAACAGACACGGAGACAAAAACAAUGUAAAAGUGUAAGUGCGAAAUCUGCAGUUAAGGCGAGUGGAGACAGGGUUGGAAGUUUUGUUUUUAACUUAAAAAAUGGAAUGGGAAGAUAGCACAGUAACGAAAAGAGGUCAAUGGUUAUCAGUUGCCGGCCCGGAAAAAGUAUCAAUGAGCAUCCGAGUAGUUACAGAGAGUAAUGGAGUAGGACGCAUGGUGUAACAAAUCACACUUAUUUCAUGAGCUCAAUUGACGCCGUUUACACUCAGUAAAUCUAAUUUAAAACCUUUUUCUCUAUUCCACCAGUUUAUGAUUAAAUUUUAUAAAUAAAAAGGAAAGUAAUCACGAUGACGGUAGCCUUUUUGCCGGUAAGAAUGGAUAUUUGGUCGAACCCAGAGCAGCUCCAGACCAUUGAAAACAGGCUUUGUGAAAUAUGUGUAAAUACCUACGGCAUGGCAAUUUCAAUGUUUAUCAGAGUGCAUGAAUGCAUGCAACGCUGAAAAAUAAUGAUGAUAAUAAUCAUCACGAUAAUGAUACGACGGUGGCAGUUUCGUAAUGAGUCCAUGGAGUAGGUAUAACAAGCAGCAAAGAUGUAAUUAAGGCAUUUAUUUUCUGCUUCUGAUGCUAACUCGAACUGCACUCUUUGGUUUUUGGCAGCCUGGGAGAAAGGAAUUACUGUAGCAAGCUUGGGUAAUAUCAACAAUGAGAUAUGGUUUGAUACCAGAUGAGGAGGGGGAAUGACAGUUUUCACUUCCGGUGUGUGACAUAGGACUUGAGUUAACGACGAUGGCUUCAGUUUUAUCGUUAAUUUCAAUAUACUUUUCCUCAUCCUAUACUUCACUCCAUUCAGGAUAGCAUGUGUGCACAUGUACGACCGUUUGCAACUGCAUCGUUGUACGAUGUUGAACACCUCCCUUGAGCUUAACAUGAUGUAUCGUUCCUUCCUUCCCUGUCCAUCAGUUUCUCUUCUUUCCUUAGACUUCUUGUUCUGCUAAACAUACUUGACAGCUUAAAAGCUAAAGUAAUAUUUUAAAAAAAGUCAAAGCUGGGCGAAGAGGCGAUAGAGAUUAGCAGACUGCUUGCACAAAAGAGAACUGCUUCUUUAACAUCUCAGUGGCGUAGGAAGAUGCUCAUCUUUGGAAAGGGGUGAGGCGAGGACUGCACUGCUUACACCCACUGUUAUCUUCAUAUUGUUGCUCAUCGCCAAAAGGCGUCAUACGUUUUCGUUAUACUCGCGGAAAUAAUGUGCAUAGUCCUUUUUUUUGUGAUACGAUCCGGAAUAGGCUUUGCUGUGUGUGUUAACUGCCAAGAGCUUUCACUUUCGCCUCAGCAGUAUUAACACGUUACUUUUGGAACCAAGUCCAUUGAUUGUUAGAGAUUUUAAAAUGUGUGACCGAACUUAUGUUAAUUGUAUUUAGAUAUUUGCGCAGCUGUUUUUAUUUGCAAAAUCAUGGAAACAGUCCUACUAGUCGUUUUUGUAUGAUUUACUGGUAUUUUGAAAAUAAGGCAAAAAGUAAACCAUUUUUCUUCUAUCAGUACUUUGGAAAAGAAGUAAAGUUUGUGAAAGAUACCACCACACAACUUGUAGCGGUCCACGUGAGAAAUUGCGUUGGUGCUACACGAACUACUUUGUCUGCUGUGUGAGCAAAUAUAAUUUUUACACAGGUA